UAUUAGUUGUUUAGUCGGUAUAUAUAUAUAUGGGAAUUAAAGAAAGCAUAUAGUAAAAAACCUAUUUUAGAAACCUGUUUUAUUUAUUUUAUUGUAGUUUUUCAACCAGUUUAGAUACUUUUAGUAAUACCUAUAUAAUACCAAUAGACCAAAAUAAUUUUCGAGUUGGGAAAUGGGGCAACAGAUAGAACACUUACAUAAUUACAUCAUAAUUUUACUAAGAGCAUUAGUCGGCAAACUGCCUGCCAUUAAUUGUUCAAGAAAAAGUUAAUAAUGAAAGAAGUACUAAAAAAUUUUACUUUUUUACCCAGAGCCUUUUAUUAGUUCGAUUAAAAUUUGCGACGCCUUUUGUCAAACUUAUAUACGAAAAGAAGUGGUCGGUCUACUUGAUUACAAGGCAUUUGUAUUUUCGACUAUAAUUGUCGAAUGGGGCAUUUUUUGGGGGUAUAUUUUUCGCAGAACGCAGCAUGACUGCUAGUCCGCGGCGCCAGUUAUAUAUAAUACUACUGAAUUACUCCGUAAACAUGGCAAGAUCGGUCAUAUCCGAACUACCACGAACCAAUCAGACAAUAAUAGCUAAUUAAUUAACCACUUAAUUAACUUCAAUUGCAUCUUUACAAGCAUGAAAACCUAUUUUAGAGACCUAUAAGGCUUAUGUAUCCUAUUGUAAUUUUUUCAACCAGUUUAUUUUAGUAGGACCUAAUAUUAUGUAAGUCAGUUGGGAAAUGGGGUAACCCAUAAGAACCAUCCUUACAUAUGCACAGUUACAGAUGUUGUUGUUAAUGGCCUUGCAGGUCACACUGCAUGCGGGCCAUUACUUGUUUAAUAAAUAGUUAAUAAUGAAAGAUACAAAUUCAGAGACGUGAACUGAAGUAAAAUUUUGUUUUGUAAAACUGUAAAAAUUGUAAAAUGAUAGUACUAAUAAUUAUACUUAAAAAUUUCCAGUGCCAUAUGAAAGUUAAGGAAUGAUAAUUCAGUUUUGCAAAGCAUCUGGGUUUUCGACUUAAUUGCCUUUAAUGACAAACAGGCUCGAGGAAUGUUAAUUGCGACUAUACACAUGCGGCACGACUGCUAUAGCCUAACCGCUUAAUUGUAAACAUUGCAAGAUGUCACGUCUGAACUAACCAAUCAGAUAACGUUGUUAAAUAAUUGGUUUCAGUUUUACAAAAAAAGUCUAAAUUUGUCGUGUGGAUAGCUAAAAGAGCACUGAGCACGGAGUCCUCUACAUUGCGACAGGGCAGGCCACUUCGUCUUUCGACAAUGGCCCGAACAUUGUUUUUAGCAAAAUCUGCGAUUUUCUUCCGCCUUUUCUUCUGUGUUUUAGUUGUUGCGUAUUCUACUGCGAAUAUGUUUCGAAAAAUUGGUACAGGUAAGAAAGUAAAGUAAUAUAUCACUUAGUAUGUAACGUUCAAGUAAAAAGUAGGAAUAAUGCACACAAUUGAUGUUUCAGUUCAAGGCACCGAGAAAAAUCUAUAAGUAUUUUCAGUAUUUUUUUCAGAAUAUCCUAUUCAGAACCAUAUUUCCAAUUAAAAAAGUAGUAUGCGAUGAAAUAAUUUGGAACGCAUUCUUUUCGUUGUAUACUGACUAUGCCCACGCAUUGGAUACGAGUUUCGAUUUUGAAAUAGGUACAAAUGGUUUUUUAUCAUAGGACAUUACUCAAGCGAUAAUUUUGCUAACCCAAACGUAAAACGAGCUAUAAAUAUCGUUGUGUUUGGAUUUCAUUUUGGAUAGCGUGUUCAUGUGGGCAUUGAUUCAUCCUGUCUCUGAUCUCGCUUCUCAGAGGCGAGAUCACAGCUAGCAGGACAGUUCGACCUUCGUCUCCUCGUACAGUAUGAAUCGCGAUGAUUAAAGUUUUAUUAGUAAAAUUAAGACGAGAUCAUGGGCAAGCGAGACGUCCCGGUGAGCAGGAUCAUAUGAACUAGAUCUGGCUUUUUGCUUAGAUUUUCUAGCUAGCUAUAUUUUAAAGAGCUAUAUUUCGUCCCAGGCAGUGCAAGUGGUUCAAUUGUUUAUUUAUCAUAGAUGACUGCUCGUGUACACAUGAUACACAUCGUGUACACGAUGUGACUCGGUCACAUCACAUGUUGGAUGCGCAUUACUUUGUGAUCGCCAUAAAAAUUGCGUUGGAUACGGCUACAGUUCCACAAGAGUGGGCAUAACAAACUGUCAGCUGAGUAACUGCGCCUUCAGGGACAGCAUACAUGCCAAUCAACAUUGUUCAGCACCUGAAUGGACAUUUUUUCAGACUCACCGUAUUGCCUUAGUAAGUCUGAAGACCCUCCUUAUAAACGGUUAUUAGUGACUGUGGGUUGGUAAUAACAGCUACCAAUAUAGUGUUAGCUGUUAUUUUUGGCCAGUACUGUAAUAGAAAUAUGUCACUCUUUAUCCUCUCCACAGUUAUAUCUCUCCAUGUUAUCCUAGAUAUCCAACUUAUGAUAUUUCUAUUCCACACAAACACCUUCAAUAUCUUAUUAUUCCCAUCGAUUAGGAUUUAUGAGCUGCCUAGAAUUUACACAUUACAUGCAUAAACAGAAACUUCCGAAUCUUACGAAACUAAAGCGUUUACCAAAAUUGUUUUUAUUCAGUAUGGAUCAAAAGAAAAUCCUGGACGAUCUUGCAAAGACAUAUUGGUGAAAAGAUGUGUUGACGACGAUAUUCAAGAUGAGAUAUAUUGGAUAACCUUGGAAACAAAUAUCCAUCAGACUUUUCCAGUAUAUUGUGAUAUGAAAAACGGUGGUUGGACUCUCGUCUUCAAAACGAUUGCUGGCAUAUCAGGAAUAAUAAAAGAUAUUUGGAAAGAUUCUCUCUCGUAUAAAGAACAUUCACUGGAAGCAUUGAAUAAAGAUAAUUCCUUCAAACAUCAUUAUAAAAACCGGAUUGUACUCCAUUGGAAAAUGUUUAAUCCUGUUGAGGCUCGUGUGGUACUCUACAACCAAACCAAGGAGCUGGUCGUGAUGAAAUUUAACGUCAUUGCUUCAAACAACACCGAUUGGUUUAGUGUACACCGUUUACAACAAUCUCCAUGGAAAGAUAUUUUUUCAUCUCCUAUAAACAUCUUUGGAAUAGAUGGGUGGUGUAUACACACUGGCUGUCGCUCGUUUUUCAUGAAUAGCUACUAUAAUACUUGUGAUUAUGAUGUAGGGUGGUUCUAUAUUGGUCGUUCUGGUGUAUGUGUCUGGGAUACUCGCUUUCCAAGAAAUUCAAUUCAGUAUAGUAACAGCAAUACAUCUGUAACUUGGAAUCAAAUGGAUAAAGUCGCCACCGCAGAAGUGUUCGCUGUUUAUCUUCGAUAAGGAUAACGACUUAUCAGAAUAUACUAUGGAUAAAUUUAAUUCUUAACUCCUUAAGACUCAAUGGCAAAAGCAUGUGAUCUUUAUUUCCGAUUUCAUCGUCACUUUUGGUCAUCUUUCAAGCUAGGCAUAAAGCUCUACUGAAAAACGUCUGGUAUCUCCCAGUUUUUAUUUCAUGAAAUUUUUAGUUCGGAAGAUGAAUUCUUGCACAAUCAAGAAGCGUGAUUAGUAGAAUUUUUUUACUUUUUGAACUACCGGUUCAAAUUAUUCAACGACGGUAUUUUUCGAAUAAGAUCAAUUUCGACCCAAAAACUGUCCUUCAAUGAUUGUAGUUGUCAAAGAAAAGCUUGCAUGGGUUGCAUAGUCCUUUUUGUGUGUGUAAAAUCAUAGGCAGCCCGGUCAGUGCGGGUACCGCAU